AUGGCGACACCGUCGUAUGCGAGAUCGCUUGUAUGCGCUGCUAAGCGGCUGAAAAUAUCACCCCCGUCCAGUGCCUCCCUCGCCCAUCAAACUCGCGCCCUUCAACACCAAUCACUCCCCGAAAACAUUGAGAACGAGCUGGCCUCCCUCCGCCUCCCCCGUGCCGUCCAAGCAACCUACCUCGCCCCCCUCAGACGCCAACCCACCCACUCCGGCACACCCACCUGCGACCUCCAGCUCCGCUCCUACAGCGUCCGCAACCUCGAAGUCUUCACCGAUUUCGCUUUACGAGCCGCCUACUACCUCAACCUCCCCGCUUCCGGCCCCGUGCCCUUACCAAGGAUUACCGAACGCUGGACCGUCCCCCGAUCCGUCUUCGUGCACAAGAAGAGCCAAGAGAACUUCGAGCGCAUCACCGCGCGUCGACUCAUCCAAAUCCAGGAUGGACAUCCGGAGGUCGUGAGUAUCUGGCUCGCGUUCCUGAAGAAGUACCAGUACUAUGGUGUCGGCAUGAAGGCGAAUGUGUGGGAGCACAGCGGGCUGGAGGUAGCGGAGGAUAUGGAGGCCGAAGGGAAGAGGCUUGAGGCGAGGCUGGGAGAUACGAUGGCGCUUGUGGGAGCGAGGGAGCAUGAGGCGGGGCAGUGGAGAAGGUUGAAGGAGGUGUUGAUGGAGCAGCCUUUUAAGGCGCAGUGGGGGGCUGAGGCGCCUAUGAGUGGGAAUCAGGAUGUGCCGCAUGCUGGGACGAGGAUUCAGCCGAGGGUGGUGAGGGAGGGGGAGGCUGAGAGGAGGGCGGAGAGGGUUGGCGGUGAGGAGGGGGUGUUUGGGUGA